AUGUACGUCACCCAUCAGUUUCGCCCCGGUCACGGUUCAGAAACCGCCAACACUGCCCCUCCAAAGGUCAAUGCCACGGUCAAAGCCACUGCAGUUUCCACCGAACCUCCAUCUCCAGCCAAGUCGACUACCACAGAACCCUCAUCUCCAAAGCGUCCCCCAGCUAUUCCAUCUUCCUCGUCCAGUCAUCAGCAGCAGUCUGCCCGCUCGACACCCCUCGCCCAGCAGAACACGAUGGUGUCGAACAAGCUCGACAGCACUCAGCGGUAUUCGAACGCUCAAACACCAGUCGAUGUCCUUCAAAAGGGCUUGGCUCAAGAAUGUGCUGGCAAUUUCGCAGGGCCGGUGGACAUUGAGUCUUUCCUGGACAAAUAUGUGCCCAAGCCUCCCCCAACGGCGGGCGACAGACCAGACGUAGGGUGGGGCGAACUCGCCAAGUCGUGCAGCGAGAAAUGGAUGUAUGGACCUUUCGUACGUCGUUUCUUUCUAACACCCCAAGUCGUGCAUCAGCAUCAGCAUCGCGUGUAA